GUCUAACCUUAUGAGAGCGAUCAAACUGACACAGUCACAGAAGAAAAUUGAGCUCGUUCGCAUAGAAAUCCCGAGAAUAGUCAAACCAAAUGAUGUUCUCUUGAAGAUACCGUGCGCCGGAAUCUGUGGCUCUGAUAUACACUUCAUCAAAAAUACAUUUAUCAUUAAAGAUAAUGUUGUCCUCGGUCAUGAGUUUUCUGGAACUGUCGUAGAGAUUGGAUCUGAUGUGACGAAUGUUAAAGUCGGAGACCGCGUCUCGGCAGCUGCGUCGUGCCAUUGUCAUCAUUGUCGAUUCUGUCAUCUAGGAAAGGCAAAUUUAUGUGUCAAAGGCGGUGUUUCUUAUUACAACGGUUUCCAUAGAGAUGGCGCUUGGGCAGAUUAUUGCCUUGUACAAAGCUCUCAAUUGUUCAAGUUAUCCGAUGAGAUCGACUUUGAAACAUCUAUUUUGACAGAACCAUUGUCGUGUGUCGUUCACAGCUUCUCCAACUACAGCCCUCUCGCCGAUUCUGCGUCCAUUUUGAUUGCUGGCAGCGGUAUCAUCGGGCUAUUAAAAGCGUCUAUGUUACACUAUAAGGGAUUUCGUGACAUCACAAUAUGUGAGCCUAUAGAAUGUCGACGAGAAAUCGCUAAAAAUCUCCAGCUUAGUGGGCUCCAAGUUAUGAAACCAAGCGAAGUAAUUGAAAAGUUCAAAGGCCUCGAAACGUCACUCGUCGGUUAUGAUCUGAUCUUCGACUGCACUGGAUCACCUGAAGCAUUUGAGGACUACUUCCCACUCUUGCGUAAAAGCGCCACCUAUUUGAUGUUUGGACUUUUUCCUCCGGGAACAAAAUCCUCGAUAUCCCCGUGUGACUUUUUCAAUAAAGAGGUGAAGAUUUUGAGUUCAUCUGGAGAGUGCAAUAAACACAUGGAUGCUUUAUCGUUGGUCAAGAACAUGGCGAUUGAUGGGAAACUUGAUUUGAAAAGGUUAGGCGUGAAAUUGUAUCCUCUAGAGGAUUACAAAACAGCCCUGAAAGACUUGGAAGAUGGCGUCAUCUCAAAAGCAAUGCUAACAUUAUAGAUGGCACAGUGGCAGUGCAUAUUUCCGUACGACUCUAUAAAAGAAGGGAAGGCCCCGAAGCUCAGAGAUGACCCCAUAAUUACCUCUCUUGUCUACCACAUUCGUUUGUCCGAAUUUCCGCCAUCUAGUUUCUUGAUAACACACGUCGAUGUAAGAUAAGAUAAGUUUAUUGUUCUUUAUAGUGGUAGGUUACACAAAUCAACCCAGCCCACCUGGGCUUAUCAACCACUUAACAAGUUUAAACAUUUUAAAUUAUACAAUUAGUGAAAUAAAUAUCAAUCUGUGUCAUA